UAGAUGAUUCACGGGCAGAGCAGAAUUAAUAUUUCGCAUAACGUUUUCUUGUUUAUAAACUAAUUUCUAGUAAAUAAAAUAGUAAAACUAUUGUCAACAUGGACGACAAACUUCGGCAAAUGGAAGAUGAAAUGAACAGGUUUGAGGCUGAAAUUGGGGGGCAGCUUGUUACUCCUGUAGUCAGACCUGUCAUAGGAGUAAACACAUACAGCCAAGUAGCUAGGCAACUUGAACAGCAUGAAAUACCAGCUCCAGUGGUUGCUGCAGCUGCGGCUUCGUUGGCAUUCUCUCCCAUGAUUGGUUUUCCACCUCCACCACCACCACCACCGCCAAUACUUAUACCGCCACAAGUUGCCAGACAAUCAGCUAUCUCAAUGUCGACAUAUUCAUCACCUGCUCAAAUAAGCAACUCGUUUUUACCAAAUACAUCGGAUAAUACCUUGAGUGCUACACCAAAAUCAUAUGAGCCAACAUCAGCACCGAUCAUCCGUCAGGAAAUUAUAGAGCAAAUAAUUAAUACUAAAAUUCCUGAGGACGAGGGAAAAAAGAAAGUUAAAGCUAAAGGUGUCAGUACAGCAGCUGAGUUAGCAAUCAGCCAAGGAAAAGCUAGCUCGAUUAUGGCUAAUGCUAGUGCCGAGGAAACUCAUCCAAAAGGCAAAGGAAAAAAGAACAAAAAAAUCAUACGAAUGGCUGGUGGGCAAACUUGGGAAGACACGUCACUCUUGGAAUGGGAUGAAGAUGACUUUAGAAUAUUUUGCGGUGAUCUGGGAAAUGAUGUAACUGACGAAAUGCUAGUCAGAGUCUUCAGCAAGUACCCAAGUUUCCAGAAGGCAAAAGUAGUGAGGGAUAAAAGGACGAAUAAAACCAAAGGUUUUGGUUUUGUUUCAUUCAAGGAUCCACAAGACUUCAUCAGGGCCAUGAAAGAAAUGAAUGGAAGGUACGUCGGCUCGCGACCCAUCAAGUUGCGGAAGAGCUCGUGGAAGCAAAGGAAUUUGGACAGCGUUCGAAAGAAAGAAAAGGAAAAGCAGGCUCUGAUCGGCUUACUCACCGGCAGGUGAUGAUGCGGCUGGUGUCCAUAUCGCCGUGUUCCUACGUCAACUUCUUGCGAAACCCCGAACCGACCUUGUCGACCAUCUUCAAGUGGAAAUCCUUGGGCUUUCAUCUGUGUAUAAUAUUUGCAACACAUGUCGCGUUGUGUGCAAUAUUUAAGAUAUACAGUUUUAGCCAAAAGAGAAACGGAACUCUGGUUGAGGAGUACUGUUUAAUUUAUCUGUUACACGUGUAACUUUUCAUGGUACAGAAGUA